AUGCCGACUCUUCGCCGCACACUUGCCGGGCUCGCCAUCUUGGCCGUAGCCGCCCAUGCUGCCCCACUUCAACAACAGCCCUCGGAGGAUCUGGCCGACUGGACUCGUAACUUCGCAGGACAAGACGGCACUGCGCACCCGCUCAACCGUCGUGCCAGCCGGCUCCAUGACACCGGACGGUACAGGCUUGUAGGAGCGCCUCACUCCGCCGACGACUCGGUCGAUGCUCUGCUGCUGCCUGUGCCGUCCUCGUCGACGCCAGAAGCUCGUCUUGACGCUCCCGAGAAGGGCGACGGAGGACGUUCCUACUUGGGCAAGCGACAGGCUUUCCCUGCCGCUGGCCCUCUGGCUGCCGCAGCUUCCUCGCCUGUUGCUCAGGCUGCAGCUGCUUCCUCUGCGGUAGCCGGUCCUUUGGCUGCUGCCGCCGUUACCAGCCCAGCCGCUGCUACUACAGCCGCCGUCGCAGCGUCACCAGCCGUCGCCGCCACGUCCAACCUCGUAGCGGCUGCCAGCACACCCGCAACGACGAUUGCUAAGCCAACGACGAGCGCAGCAAGCACGGCGCCCAGCAGCUCUGCUAGCCGUCCUGCUAGCAGCAGCAGCAAGUCAGCCAGUUCUUCUUCAUCGUCCAAGUCUCCCACCUCUUCGCCGUCAACGGGCUUCACCCUCACCGACGUCAACAACAAGCUCUACCCGCUCUGGGUCAGCGUUGUGGUCUGUGGUGUCCUGUUUGCCCUCUUCUUCAUCCUCAUCUGCAUCCGCUGCUGCUUCUUCAAGCCCCAUGAGCGCGAAGACCUCGACUCUGUCCUUACUGGAAGCAGCGCUGGUGCGAUGAGUCGCAAGUCGACGCUCCGCAAUGGUGCCAAGUCGCUCCGCAAGGCUCUCACCAGGCGCAAGCUGGCCGGCAGCUCCUUCGUCCGUCGUCAACAAGAGGGGAGCGUGCUCCUCGAGGUCGGAGACGAGGUCUUCGCGGUGCCACCGAAAGUCGCAGAGGAGUACAACGAGGCCAAGCGCAUGUUUGCACCCAGGAACGGAGUCAAUGAUGCUACCAAGUGGAACGGCAAGGCCUAUCUCGCGCAGUGCCUCGUGCGACAUGAGAACCAGCGCAACGGUGUCCCGCCCAUGCCCUCUCGUCUCAUUGGCGCCCAGAACGACGGGGGUAACGAUACUCGUGGAUGGUCUCGCUCUUCGCUCGGAUCUACCCUCAUAGGCCACGACGACGAAGACAAAGAAAAAUCAGCCUACGAGGCCUACAUGGGCUUGAGCCGCACCGACAGCCAGAAACCCAAGCGCGGCCUUAGUGCUCGCAUUGCCGAAUCGAUCCGCUCCCUCCGCACGCAAGGCAGCAGCGAAGACGAGAUCGAAAAGGAUGACCGACUGGGCGAGCCUACGCGCACGACGGACUUGACUAACUUCUUGAACGGCAGCAACAACCACGGCGCCAACACGGCAGGCUGGGGCAUCCAGGUGCACCAGGACGCGGAUGACAGCAUUACGAUGCCUCGACCGGCCGCCACGGACUACCAGCCCGCACGCAACAGCAUCGUCUCUACGCCUCGCUCUGCUCCCAUUGCUGCCUUCAACGCCAGGUCACAAGACCAAGGCCGUCGCCCCGUUCCCGCCGCCAUGAACACUGCACCUAAUGCUCGUGGCGGAUUUUCCCUCGAGGAUGCCCCCAGCCCUGCUGCUCGCGCCCGUGUCACGGAGAACAAGCGUCGCUCCGCCUUGCCGCCUGCCCCCAUCAACUCUGCUCCAUCGGCGGCGCCUGCCCCAUUCGCUGUGCAGCGCAAGCCCCUCCCGCAAGACCCCGUCCUGCCUCGUGACAUUCCUACCGUCCAAGAGCAACAACAGCAGCCCGCUGGCGCCCCCGCCCAGGCCCCUGCCCCCAUCACGGACCUGACCAAGCAGCAAUCUCGUCACCAGCGCGCCGUCUCGACCCCGCACGUCGCCUUCGCCAGCAAGACCAAGCUGGACAGUAAGGAUGAUGAUGAGGAGGCGGUAUUCCUCCGUCGCCACCCUACGGCAAGCAGCGUUUCUUCCUCCUCAUCCGCCUCAUCGCAACUGAAGAGGACCACAGGCACCACACGCCGGGCGAGCAGGCAUGCGAGUAUGGCCUCUUCUACCACCAGCUCGCGCGACCGUGACGCGGUUCAGCGCUCUGCUACUAUGGGCAUGUCCUCCUCCGCAUCGGCCCCUCAGGGUCUGGCCAAUCUCGCUAACGCUGGCCCACCUCCUGCCGGACGUGACCGUCUCAAGGAGAUGCGCCUCGCUCAGUCGCAAGCCCGUGCUGGUGGACAGCAAGGUAGGCGGCACGUUUCGGCUGCUGUCGUCCCUCAGCAGACCGGUACCAGUGCUGCGGAGGGCCUGAGCAGGUCGAGCACGACUGCUUCGCCCUCGAGGCAUAGGGACCAGAAGAUGCCUAGGAGGAGCGUCGCUGGUGUAGGCGGGGAGGAGGUACCGCUUGCUCGUGGUGUUUGA